AUGGCUUCUGAGUCUCCCCAGACUGAUAUGGCACCACCCCAGCCGGACUCCACGGACCAGAACGAAGCCCCGGCCGCCGAUGCGACGAAGAGGAAGGCGGAACAGACUAACGGAACGCAUACUCGCACCAAGCGGAAUCGCUACAUCUCUAUCGCAUGUAAUGAAUGCAAACGGCGCAAGAUUAAGUGCAACGGCCAGGUACCUUGCCAACGCUGCGGACACCUUAAUCUCGAGUGCCGAUAUGCCCCGAACUGCUGCAACAACAAUUUCAAGGAUUCCGAAGAAUUUCGUUCGAUGAAAGACCAAAUCAAGACUUUGCAAGAUCAAGUCAAUAGUCUUUUUUCCAACCUAAAGGAUCUUCGGUCUCAGCGAUCGUCUUUAGACCCACCGGGCUUCGAUGGGUUCUCUCGAGAUGGCUCCCAAUCAGUCUUCACGCCAAUGCAUGCACCAUUGGGGAAACCUCGCAUGAAGCAUCCGCGCUUUCAGGGCCCUACUAGCUCUGCUUUCAACUUUGAUGUCGCACGUUCCAGCUUGCAGAGCAUGGGCAUUGCGCCAGCUGAGGAGAUAACAGAUGAUCUCACCACAGCACAUGCCACCCCUGCCGGUUCACCUCCGCAUGUGGGACAGCUUGUUUCCACAAUACAUCCAACUAAAGACCCGAUAUGGGUUAUCAAGAGGGAUGAAGCCCUGCGACUUUGCCAGGUGUACGAGGAGGAAGUUGGAAUCAUGUAUCCUCUCAUAGAUAUUGAACAGGUAGCGCAACAAGUGAACUUGCUCUACACAUUUGUGGAAGCUGCAACACGGACUGGCUUUGCACAGAGAGGUCUCCCCGGUGCAGAUGGCCUCCAUGACGAUAGCACGCUUCUUUUGAAGAUGAUUCUCGCAAUCACUUUGGUGAUAGAAGGGGGCGGCCAGAGCGAGCUAGCACGGCGCCUGUACCUAAAUGUCAAGCCGGUUGCUGAAGCUAAAAUCUGGGAUCCACUGGACAUUAGGACUAUUCAACUAUAUGGUUUGAUGGCAACCUUUCAUUUCCAUUCGGAUGAUGAUGCCAUGGCAUACCGUAUCGUUGGCAUUGCAGCGCGUAUGUGUCUUGAAAUGGGCCUGCACCGACGAGAUGCGCUGGCAAAAUCAUUUCCCAACGAAGACCAGUGGCCUACCAUUGUGAAGACCUUUUGGUCGGUAUAUAGUUUGGACAGGCGUUGGAGCUUUGGUACUGGGCUUCCCUUCAUCAUUCAAGAUGAAGACAUUGAUCCCAAUCUGCCCGAGCCGGACGCGUCUCUACUUUAUCUUAGGUGCAUGAUAUCGUACAAUCGUAUCAGCUCCAAGAUAUGGUACUCUGGACUUGGCUCAGAAGGAGCAACUGACAUACGACGCGAUGAGAUUGGCUAUUUGGACUAUCAGAUUCUACAAUGGUAUAAACAGGUUCCGGAUGGGCUGAAGUUCUACCCAGUCGAUGUUCCAAAGCAUCACCACGGUGAGUCAACUAGCCGAGGUCUUCGAAGAUUGAGGAUUCUCUUAUAUCUACGCAUGAAUCAGCUUCGGAUCCUCAUUUACCGGCCGGUGCUGCAUUCCGCGGUGAGCAUCGCGGAAGACAAAGGUCACGCGCAGACCGUGGUGGAUAUUGCAAAAGACACGAUUCGAGUGCUCACUCGGCUCAACGGGACGUCCGACAUCUAUCGCACGCAGCAAAUCACUUUCAACUAUUUUCUAGUCGCCGCCUUAGCGGUCCUCUUCCUCGCUGUAUGCCAUGCACCGAAUGACUUCAACCGGCAAGUGCGGGACGAAUUUUACAUGGCUCUUGAGCUGGUCAGCGGGUUCAGUACCAAAUCUUAUGUAUCCAAGCGACUCUGGAAGACAAUCAAGGGUCUCCGCAAGAUAGGCGAACGGUUGGGUGUCAUUGUACGACCUUUUGGCACUGAUUCCAACGACCCUCAUUCUUCCGCGGCUGUCGCAAUGGCCGGACUGGCUGGCCACCAGAUCGAGGAUCUUUCGGUGUAUGGGUCGGUGAAUGGCACUGGAGAGCUAGGAAACAGCCCGCUGAAUGGGCUGCAGAUGAGCCAUGAACUUACGAAUCUUUUCGAGGCGGUUGGGGGUUUUGGCAAUUUCAUGACUUCGGGAGGGGCGUCAGAGAGCCUUAAUGGCUUUAUUGGCCAGGAUGGGGAGAUCCAAAACACCGGGGAAGGGUUGUCGGGUGUUCUUGGAGAUGAAGGCGAAUGGUCGCGUGUUAUACGGAAUUUAUUUUAG